AUUACAACAGUUCAAUUCACUCUUGUUAACAAUGUCUCAAAUCUCACUUGCAAUUAUUGGUCUUAAUGGUGCCUUAGGCAAACCAACUCUUGAUGCUAUCAACUCUGGCAAAUUCGAUGAUAAAUUGAAAUUUCCCAUCAAGGCACUUACCAGAAAGGACACUCCAUCCACUGACAAGAUUCAAUAUAUCAAAACUGAAAUCAAUUCUGAAACCGUUGAUUCCAUUGCUAACUCCUUGUCUGGGGUUGAUGUCAUUGCUGAAUUGGUUACUCCUAACCCAGAUUUAUUUUCCACUUUAGAGAAAGUCGCUGGUAAAGUUAAGCCCAAGUUGUACAUUCCUUCCCAAUUCGGUGCCGAUAUUGAAUCCGUUAGUAAACUCAUUCCUGGGUUCUUGGCCCUCAAGACUAAGCAUUCUGAAAAUCUUAGAGGCUUGGGCAUCAAGACGGUAGAUGUAAUUACUAAUUUGUUUGCUCAACCAGGUUCGUUCUUGUAUGAACAUGUUGCUCAUGUUGGAAUUGACCCAGAUACAAACACGGUUUUCCAAAUUGGUGAUUUAGAUACUGAAUUGGAAUUCACUAGGCUUGAAGAUAUUGGUAACGUUGUUCUUGCCGUUGCUACGACCCCAAUUGACAAGCUUCCAGAUACAAUCAGGGUCAAGUCUGGUGAAAUUGCCUACAAAGACAUCAUCAACAAUUAUGAAAAGUCUCAUAAUGUCAAGUUGACCGUCAAGGAAAAAAUUACUACUGAAGAAGCCAAAAAGAAAUUGGAUGAGAAGUUGAAGGAAUCGGGUGGAUUCAACCCCAAGGAUUUCUUGUUUUACUUGCAUGUUGCUGGUGCUAAUGGACUUAUCCAUGGUGGUAAAGAUGAUGACUUAAUUAACCCAGAUCAAUCUCUUUGGAAAUGGCAUAAAUACUAAUUAGCGUAUAGUUUUUGUCUACAUUUUAGUUCUCUUAUUGGCCUUCUAUUCAAGUUCUAAUAUAUAAUAAAUUUAUAAACGUUACAUAUAU